GCAGAAACAACUGUUAUCAAUCAAUGCACACAGCUUCUUUCUCCAUCGGCUGAUCCCACAUAUGUUAUGACUUAUAUUAACCACAGUUUUCCUCAACACCGCCAGUAUCUUUGUGCUGGUGCGUGGAUACUAAUGCAUGGACAUCCGGAGAAUAUUAACUGCAUAAACCUUGGACGUGUCUUGAGGGAGUUUUCUCCUGAAGAGGUGACUGCAAAUAUUUAUACGAUGGUAGAUGUUUUGCUUCAUCAUAUUCACUUGGAACUACAGCGUGGACAUCCCUUGCAGGAUCUUAUGCUAAAAGCAUGUGGAAACCUUUCAAUUUUCAUCUGGACCCAUGAGCUUUUGCCUCCAGAUAUCUUGCUACUUGCACUUAUUGACCGCGAUGAUAAUCCACAUGCUUUGCGCAUUGUAAUUAACUUACUUGACAGUAAAGAGCUCCAACAAAGAGUAAAACUUUAUCUCAUAAAUCGUGGCCCACCUGAACAUUGGCUUUCUUCUGGACCUUUCAAGCGUGUGGAACUGCAGAAAGCUCUUGGAAACUAUCUGUCAUGGAAGGAAAGGUAACAAAUUGAACAUUUUUUUU